UCCGAGUGCACGUAAAUUAUUUAAAAAUAUUUCGAAACGCCUCAUUUCAAUACAUUUGAUAACAGCUGUAACAGUAUAAAAAUGCCAUCUAGUUAGCGAAAAAAUUACAAGGUCGUAUUUAUUAAUUCGUCAUUAAAGAGAUGCAAUAUAUACCCAUAUGUUAGAAGUUAGAACUACCAAUACCCUUACCCAUAGAUAUAAUGUCCAUGCCAAUAGCCCAAUACCCUAGCAACCCCAAAUAGUCAAUUGUCUCUGGUAGAAUUUAAUCAAUAUUUUGCUUUGCCAUGUUUUCUUCCAUAAAAGUUUUCCAACUUUAAUUUUCUCAUUGACUAUAGAUUUCAUUAUUUUGGGAUGAUUAUUCUCAAAGCAGAUAUUAAACAGGUUGUUGCGGAUACUAAGGUGUACUCCGGGUUAAUUGAGGGCAGUCGAUGAAGAUGCGACUGUGCUGUAUUACCAGCAGCAUGGACUUCCAUGGGAUUCACCUUCCCGGGAUAUACUCGAGGGCAGUCAGUGUUAGUGUGGGUUGUUGCGGGUACUAAAGUGUUCUCCUGGGUAUACUUGAGAGAAGUCGAUGUAGAUGCGACGGUGCGGCAUUACCAGCAGCAUGGACUUCCAUGGGAUUCACCUUCCCGGGAUAUACUCGAGGGCAGUCAGUGUCAGUGUGGGUUGCUGCGGAUACUAAGGUGUACUCCGGGUUAAUUGAGGGCAGUCGAUGAAGAUGCGACUGUGCUGUAUUACCAGCAGCAUGGACUUCCAUGGGAUUCACCUUCCCGGGAUAUACUCGAGGGCAGUCAGUGUCAGUGUGGGUUGCUGCGGAUACUAAGGUGUACUUCGGGUUAAUUGAGGGCAGUCGAUGAAGAUGCGACUGUGCUGUAUUACCAGCAGCAUGGACUUCCAUGGGAUUCACCUUCCCGGGAUAUACUCGAGGGCAGUCAGUGUCAGUGUGGAUGCUACAUAAUUGACACUCGCAGGAUUAUGGAAGCGGGAAAGUUCGAAAGAGCUGCAACAUCACCAAAACCAUUAACAAGAGUGUCAUGCGAAAGCUAAUAGUCCCAAUCUUCCUUUACGCGACCGAGACGUGGACAGAAGAUAAAUGUUUUAAAGAUGAGGCGCUACAAGAAGAUGCUCGGAAUAUCAUUAACAGAGUUCCGCAGCAUUGUUACCAUACUUGGAGAACUCAGCAUCACACAGCGUCUAUCGACCAUGGAAAACAUGCUCCCGCUACAGUGCUUUGGCCGUGCCAUGUCAGGGAAGGUAUAAGGAAUCAGGUCACAAGGUGGAUCACCUAUGCGUUGGACAGAUCAAGUGCACGACGAAAAUCAGCGACAGAAAACCCAUUGCCAGUUUGCGUCAAUUCACAGAGAUGAUAAGGAAAGCUGUGUCCGCCUCUAUGAGCCUCUAAUGCAAUUGGCCGACGCAACAUGACCAUGGUGAAGAUUAUGAAGGUGCUCGCCUGGGAUGCUGGAGCAGUCAGAAAUCAAGAGGUAAAUAGCGACAAAAGAGGGGUGAAUAGAGACAAAAGAGGGGUGAAUAGAGACAAAAGAGGGGUGAAUAGAGACAAAAGAGGGGUGAAUAGAGACAAAAGAGGGGUGAAUAGAGACAAAAGAGGGGUGAAUAGAGACAAAAGAGGGGUGAAUAGAGACAAAAGAGGGGUGAAUAGAGACAAAAGAGGGGUGAAUAGAGACAAAAGAGGGGUGAAUAGAGACAAAAGAGGGGUGAAUAGAGACAAAAGAGGGGUGAAUAGAGACAAAAGAGGGGUGAAUAGAGACAAAAGAGGGGUGAAUAGAGACAAAAGAGGGGUGAAUAGAGACAAAAGAGGGGUGAAUAGAGACAAAAGAGGGGUGAAUAGAGACAAAAGAGGGGUGAAUAGAGACAAAAGAGGGGUGAUAAGGACAAAAGAGGGGUGA